GUGGGUAAUUACGGCAGCUGACGUCAUCCGCCUCCCCCCACAGCACCAUUCUGCUGCCGGUGAAAAAGAGUUUGGACAAGCGUCAGCCGUUUGUCGCAGAAAUAAGUCUAAUCCAGGGUGGUAGCACGUCCGAUAAUUUAUUUAUCGUCAUUGUUCUUGUUAAUUAUUUAGUGCGUUUGUCGAUUAUUAUUAAAAAUGAGUACAAUUAACGUUAAAAAACUGAAAGUCAACGAGCUGAAGGACGAGCUGAAAAAGCGGAAUCUUUCGGACAAGGGGCUAAAGGCCGAGCUAAUGGACCGCCUGCAGGCCGCUCUGGACGAUGAGGCCUUUGCCGGAGAUUCCCCUCUGGGGCAAGAAGAGCCGACGGACGAGGUUUUGGACCAGGUCGCCGAACAGGAAGGUAUGGGCGAGGAGGAAGAAGGCGAAGGCGACGGCGAAGGCCCGGUAGAAGAAAGCAUGGAGGCCAACGAGGUGGAGGAGGGAGAUGAACAAGAGAACGGGGGCGACGAAGAUGGUGGCGGCGUCGCCGCCGCCGCAGCAACAGCAACAGCAGUAGUUGCAGUUGCAGUUGAGGACGAAGAAAUGGGUGACGGGGAGGAGGAGGACGACGCUGGCGACGAAGACGACGAGAUGGACCCUAUGCUCAAAGGGGAUGUAGACGACAUGGAGAAAAUAGAUACAGAGGAUGGUGAGCCUGGGGAUCAGGCCGUUGAAGGGGAUGCGGACAAAGACACGAAUGCUGAUCAGAAGAAUAAGAAGGGUGUUAAGAGACGCCGGGAGGAACAUGGAAGGGGCUACUUUGAAUUUAUUGAAGAGAACAAAUACAGCUGGGCUUCUUUUAAGUCUCCAGUACCACCUCUGGAGGAGGAAGAUGAGGAGUUUGAUGACACUAAAGUUUGCCUGGAUACACACAACUGUGACCUGCACUUUAAGGUGUCACGAGACCGUUACAGUGCAUCCUCACUGACAAUGGAGAGUUUUGCUUACCUAUGGUCCGGAGGCAAAGCCACCUACGGUGUCAGUGAAGGCAAAGUCUGCUUUGAAAUGAAGGUUACAGAAAAGAUUCCUGUGAAGCACAUUUCCAGCAAGAACAUGGAGAUCCACGACGUGCAGGUCGGCUGGUCCCUUGCCACUGGCACUCUGCUUCUGGGUGAGGAGGAGUUUUCUUAUGCCUACUCCAUGAAAGGCAAGAAGACGGCCAACUGCACGACCGAGGACUUUGGCGAGACCUUUGAGGAGAAUGAUGCCAUCUGCUGCCUCAUUGACUUUGAGGGAUCCGAGGUGGUGAUGUCUUUCUCCAAGAAUGGCGGCGACCCGCAGGUCGCUUUCCAGGUCAACAAGGACAGUUUGAAUGGCCAGGCUCUUUUCCCACACGUCAUCUGCCACAACUGUGCUGUGGAGUUCAACUUUGGUCAGCUGGAGACUCCUUACUAUCCUCAGCCCGAGGGCUACACCUUCCUGGAGCAGGUGCCCGUCAGUGGGCGGGUGCGAGCGCUGAAGGGCCCACAGACCAAGGCGGACUGUGAAAUCAUCGUGAUGGUUGGUCUGCCAGGCUCAGGGAAGACCACGUGGGUCAAGAACCACGUCCAGGAGAACCCUGGGAAAUACUAUAUCCUCAGCAGUGACACCAUUGUGGACAAAAUGAUGAUCAAUAGCCUCAAGCGUCAGUCUAAGGACAUUACAAAGCUCUCUGCCAUUUCCCAGCGAGCACCACUUUUUCUGGGCAAGUUCAUAGAAAUUGCUGCGCGCAAAAAGAGAAACUACAUCCUGGAUCAUACCAAUCUGUCUGCUCCUGGCCAGAAGAGGAAGAUGUGCCUGUUUGCGGGAUUCCAGCGUAAGGCCGUGGUGGUGUGUCCGUCCGACGAAGACUUUAAAGAAAGAGUUCAGAAGAAGGUGGAGAGCGAUGGCAAAGAUGUGCCUGAGCAUGCUGUCCUCAAAAUGAAAGGCUUCUACGCUCUCCCUGAGCAGGGCGAGAGCUUUAAUGAAGUCAUCUACGCCGAGAUGGAGAAGGAGAAGGUCGCCAAGCUGCUGGAGCAGUACAAAGAAGAAAGCAAGACCGCCCUGCCCGCCGAGAAGAAACCCAACCAGGGGAGCACAACACCAAAAAGAGGUGGCGGCCAGCGCGGCGGCGGCGGCCGAGGAGGCAAGAACCAGUUUGGCCGUGGUGGAGGCCCCGGACAGAGAGGCGGAAACCGCGGUGGCUUCCCCAGAGGAGGCGGUGGCGGCUUCAGAGGAGUUCCCAGUCCUCGUGGUGGUUUCCACCGCCCACCCCGCGGCUUCCUGCCUCCUCCAGCCUUCAGAGGAGGAUUCCCCGCCCGCGGUGGAUACGGCCGCGGCGGCCCCCUUCCCAGUCUGGGCGGCUCACCCCGAGGUGGUCCCAUGAGGGGCGGCAUGGGCCCAAGAGGCGCACCCAUGAACAGAGGCGGCCCCAUGCACAGAGGUAACAUGAGCAGGGGAGGCGGAGGCAGCAUGAAUCGCAGUGGAAACAGGCCAGGGCAUCCAGGCCAGUUUCAGCAGCGAAGUGGGAACCGCGGAAACUUCGGCAACAAGAACGGUAACUUCGGAAACAACAGGAACGGCGGCAACUUCGGAGGGAACAGGAAUGGCAUGGACAAAGCUCAAGCCUUCAACCAGAGCUGGCAGCAAGGGUUCUGGAACCAGAAGCCAUGGAGCCAGCAGUAUCAGCCUGGAUAUUACUGAAAGAUAUAUAAUGGACUGGUGGCUGACUGAGAAUCCACCUCGUGCCACGGAACAUCUCUACACCACAACUGGCUGAUUAUGUUUUGGGGGUUUUUUUUUACCGUUUAUUGGUUUGUUUUUUUUCUUUGACAACACUUAUUAAUAUUCAACCCACAUUGUGACUGCAAGAGAUGGGGCACCAACAUUCCACAUCAGAAAGGCGAUGUGCAGUCAGAGUGAAACCGUAUAAAAGUGGGUUGUGCUCAUUAAACAAUUUUUUUUUUAACCUUUUGUUCCCCAUUGUUGUAUAUUUCGUUUUUGUUUUUUUUUCCCCACCACUUUUAAAUUGCGUGUUUUUAAAACUCCUAUUAUAAUAUCAGGAAGCAGAAACAUUUCACCAACUUGGCAAAUGUUGAGCAAGAUUUGUUUUGUUUUUUUUCCUUUCAGGGUUGUGCAUUUUAUCUGUGCCGUGUUUUUGUUUUUCUUUUACAAAUUGUAAAUAUGAUUUUUUUUUUUUUAGUAUGUAUGAGAAGUUUAAGAAAGCGUAUGAAUUAAAAGUGGAACCUUCUCGAAGGCCGAUGAAAUUGUUAGACUUGUACAUGUGCACUGUUGAACAGUUAGGGUAAAGAAACAUGAAUUUCACUAAAUUGUCUUUCUUUAUUUUCUUCCUUUUUUUUUUCCUCCCAUCCCCUUAUCAAAUCUGUAUCCCUAACCUCAUAGAUUUACAAUAAAUGACUCAGUGGCUCUUUUUACAUUCUUUCUGCUUUAUGGCUUUUGUUUGACUUCAAAGGUGCGUAAAAAGACCUUUGAAUGGGCGAUGUUACACUUUGUACUGUAGUGUUCGCUACAUCCAACAGAAACGGGACAUCGUUAGCACCGCGUCUGUCAGUGUCUGUGGUCCUCUGUUGUGUUCUGGCUGGGACAUUUUUUAAGGAUACAAAUAAGCCAACCUAACACUUUUGCAUUAUUCACCAUUUUUUUAAUUAUCUCUCCCCAAUUUAGUUCACUAACUUAUACUAAAUAAUCCUUGUUUGUGGUGGUCAUUGUAAAGACCUUUUAAUCCAAUGGA